UCAUUAAAAAAGUGGAAGAGUGCCACUUUUUGAUGUACUGAUUUCAUUUUUAGCGCCGUUAGCAUCAAGGACCCUAGAAUGUACAUCUUAACGGUCAAGGCCAGGAUGUAAAAAGCAUCCCAUAGCCUCGUCCUGUAUCCUCAGUCCCAGUGCACACUGCAGGUGUUCGCAGUUUGACAGACGCAGUACAGGGAAGUGCUGUUGCUGUAGUCAUGGAUCAACAUAGUGCUCCUUUUUGCCCACUCCGCGCCAUUCAGAUAAGCAGGAUUAUGCGUCCUGAUGAUGCCAACAUUGCAGGCAGUGUCCAUGGUGGAACUAUCCUAAAAAUGAUUGAAGAGGCUGGCUUUAUCAUUAGCACACGUCACUGUAAUAGCCAGGGAGAGGAACAUUCUAUGGCAGCAUUGGCUCGCGUGGAACGAACUGAUUUCCUGUCCCCCAUGUGCAUUGGAGAGGUGGCUCAUGUCAGUGCCGAGAUUACAUACACUGCUAAGCACUCCGUGGAGGUUCAAGUCCAGGUUAUUGCAGAAAAUAUCCUAACUGGUGACAAGAGAAUUACUAACAGGGCAAGUCUUUGGUAUGUUCCUCUUUCUAUACGAAAUGUGGACAAGGUACUGGAAGUUCCACCUAUUGAGUAUACUGAUACAGAGCAAGAAGAGAAUGGAAGGAAGAGAUAUGAAGCUCAGAAACUGGAACGUCUGGCCACAAAGCAGAAGAAUGGAGAUGUUAUCCUGCCCAUGAUCAGCUUAGACAGACAUACUAAAGAACCACAUACUGUAAAUUUCAGCCAGUCAAGCCUGAUCCACCUAGUUGGACCAUCUGAUUGUACUCUUCAUGGCUUUGUCCACGGAGGUGUAACCAUGAAGCUAAUGGAUGAGGUUGCUGGAAUUGUAGCUGCUCGACACUGCAAGACUAACGUAGUUACAGCUUCUGUGGAUGCUAUCAACUUCCAUCGCAAGAUUCAGAAAGGUUUUGUGAUCACUGUUUCUGGGCGAAUGACCUUCACAAGUAACAAGUCCAUGGAAAUUGAAGUGUUUGUAGAUGCUGACCCAAUUGUUGAAGAUACAAGGGAAAGAUUCCGAGCAGUUAGUGCCUACUUUACCUAUGUAUCACUAGAUGAAAAGGGUAAACCACUCUCCAUCCCCGAACUGAAGACUGAAACAGAAGACGAGAAAAAACGUUUUGAAGAAGGCAAAAUGCGGUACCUACAGACCAAAGCCAAGAGGCAGAGUGAAAAGCUUGCACUUACACAGCAGUAAAUUUUCUUCAAAGAAAAAAAAUACUGCUCACCAGAAACUCUAGCAGCACCAAGACUACCUGUGGAAUGACCACAUGACCCAAAGCAGAUAAAAAUAAUAUUUCCAGUGUUACUUGAAUCCUGUUGUGUAUGUUGUGUUACUGUUUAUACUUCACUGCUGUAAACCAAAGCUUCCUGUUAAGAUUCAGAAGCAUAAACUCUAGAUAUGUACAACACAUAUACACUGUAAAGUAGGACUAGGCACAAAGUAGUGUCUCUUACAAAUGCAGUAUAUUUUGUCUGUAAUAGAACGUAUAAGAUAUAAAUUAUAAAGAGAAAUAUAGCGUAUUAUAUUAUUAAAUAUUGUCCUGCAGCACCCA